UUGGACCCCCCUUCCCUCCUGGUAGGACGUGUCAGGGGUUAGGACUCUAAGGAUAACCAGAAUACCUAUAAAUAUCAAAAUAAAAACCUUGUGCCGUGUGGAAUAUAAACAAUCACAUGAAACUUAACCAGCAACUUGUGUUUUCUUAGUUCUUAAAUAGUUCAUCGAUUUUUUUGGAGACUCCUUACAAUUGCGAACACUUGACUUAUUAAUGGUGGUUCCAUAACAAAUGAUUAUUUGUAUGCUGCAGUUAUGUGCUUCCAUUGUAAAAACAUAAUUGUUUUAUGGUGAUAAUAUGUCAAAAUCAAGCAUAAGGAAAAUAACGGUUGACCCUACGAAAUGUAAUACAGACUCUCGUCGACCAAGUGUGUUUGAGAGGUUGGGGACCAAACCAGCAGUUACUGCCGGCCAAAAUUCAUCGGACUAUUGCAGAAACUGGGCAUUGAACGGCAAUUGUUCGUACGGAAAGAAUUGCAAAUAUGCAAACACUCACACAUUGAUAAGUCCAUCAAAACGUGCCAAGAAGGAUAAUGCUAUUGCGACUACUACAGGACUUAUUGAGGAUCCGUUUAAAAGGCUUACUUCUAAGAUCGUAAAAAAGGCAUCACACAGUCCAGAUUUAAAUCUAGAAGAGUGGAAUCAGACAGAUUUGGAGUACGAGGACGAGAAAGUGUUGGAAAGGCGUAGACAGCUGUUGCAACGUGAACUGGAAUUACAAAUGAAGAAAGAUAAGGAAGUCCAUGGGAAAGACAAAGUGAGACAGAAGAAAAAGGCAAUGACUUCUUCCUCUAGUUCUCGUACUUCAAGUACAUCUAGUAGUAGUAGCAGUUCUAGCAGCGAAGAUUCGUCUUCUAGUUCGACAUCCGAUUCGCGAAAGAAAGUUAAAAAAAUCAAAUCCAAGCGACAUCAUAGCGGUUCCACAGAUUACGAUGAAGAUAAAGAAAGACGAAGAAAAUUAAAAGUAAAAAGGCUUGGAAUGAAGAACGAGAAGCCAUCAGUUAAAAAGAAACGUAAAUUCGACAGUAGUUCUACAAAAAAAGAUGUUACUGCUAGAUCAACAAAGAAGUAUACCUCUACCUCAACAUCAAGAAAACAUUCUUCUACUCCUCGCACGAGAUCACCAGCAAUACAAGUGCCUGCAACGGUAACAGCUGCGACAACAACAGUGUUAGGUUCUUCGGUAUCUGUACCUCAUCAUGGCACGUCUAAUAAAGUUAGAGAACGAAACAGAAGCGAAUCUCCAAAAGCGACAAAAAACAGAGAUGUAGAUAAAGAGGACAGGCACUAUAAGAAAAUACGAGAUGUAGACGAAUUAUCUAAAGAUAGCACCAAGAACAAAUCUUUCGAUAAAAGCAAAGAGCAAGAUAAAGAGAAAAAUCGUACGAUAGACGAAAAAAUGAAACCCGACGAAAGAUUAAAAGUGAAAUGUAAAGGGAACGACAAAGAAAUACGUUCUAGAACACCUCCAACGUCCGAAAGGUCGAAGCAUCAGCACUCGAAGGAAACAAUUUCAACAAAAACACGCCGCAGUCGUACCCCUGAAAAAUCGUCAAGGUCGAAACGCGAGCCCACGCCAUCGAAGACUCAAGACAGGCAGAUUUCCACAAACAGAUCGCGAGACGUAGAGAAGAAAGAUCGCGAAUCGCAUAAAAGCGAAAAAACUAAAGAUAGGGAGGAUAUAAGAAAAACUGAACAAAGUAAUAAAACUAGACAAGUUUCCAAUCAAGAAGAAAACCAUAGAAGAAUUGGCAAAGAAUUCGAUGAUAAACCUUACGUGGGCGAUAAAACGCGACAAAAGAGUAGAGAGAGACGCGAUAAAGAUCACACGAGAGAUGAACGCGGCCAUUCCAGACUUGGUCGAGACCAACGCGAUCUUCGCGAUAAAGAUAAAGAAGAAUUACCGGAACGAUGCCGCGAACGACCGCGAGAGAGAGAUCGCGAACGCGACAGGGAUCGAGAACGCGAUCGCGAAAGAGAUAGAGACCGUGAUCGUGAUCGCGAUCGUGAUCGGGACCGAGAUCGUGAUAGGGAUCGAGAUCGUGACCGUGAUCGGGAUCGGGAUCGCGACCGUGAUAGAGAAAAGGAACCGAUAAAACCAAGGGAUAGAGAUGUACCUCCUUUGGUUCCAACGCCUAUAAGUUUAACGACGGAUAAAAAUUCGCGUUAUAGCCGGGACAAAGACCGAAUAGUAGGAAAAGAUAGUGCUUUUGAAAAAAACGGUACUCGAGAACGUAGAAGCGAUAGGGAAAGGGAACGGUCUGAAACGAAAGCACUUUCUGAUCGAGACAGAACAUCAACUCAAAGGAUCGAUAAUAGGUAUGAUAGGAGUACUGUUGACAAGGACGCGUCUAGUCGUAAAGCCGGUGUGAAUUCACCUAGAGAUCGCGUCGAUCGUUUCCCACGCGAGAGGUCUUUAGACAGAGCAUCCUUACUCGAUAAAAGUGUACAUAAUCCACCGCCUCCAUCGCAACCACCUUCGUUACCACCCGUUCAAUCCUCCAUAGCGUCGUCGACGUCCUCGUCUGCGCCAGCUACUCUAUCAGCAUCGCGAGAUAAUUUAAUCGACAGAAUAGAUCCUGGACAUUACGAUCGAGAAAGGCACCGACGAUUUAGUACAAGGUAUGAUCGAACUCAUGCAUCCGAACAUGAUCAGUCGCGUGUUACACCGACUAAAGUUGAUCGUUUAAUCGAAAGGCGAGAGACUAGUCCACGGCGUACCAUUGAAGUAGAUAGAAAUUAUAAUAGGAAUUAUGGACGAUUGGCGUCUGAGCAUUGGGACGAGCCAGAGGAAGCGUCCACGCAUUUAGAUUACCGCGAGCAUCAUGUUCACGAAGACGAUAGAAGGAAAGCUGUUGAUGGGAGGAGAUAUGAUAGUCCAUUUGACGAAAGACGUGGAAUUCGCGAAGAAAGAUCUCGAGAAUCUAGAUACGUUGUUCAAGCAACGGAUAGGACGUCCUUUGAAGAUCAUCGACAUCAUCACCAUCAUCACAGACAUCCACUCUAUCCUGGAGAAAAAUUGAGGAACAAUGCGUCGAUUCGAGAUGAAAAUGUUCCUAACGAUGACUGGGAUAAUCAUCAUCGAGAUGUAGAACAUAGUAGAGAUCGAACUUAUGGGCCUGUUGAUUGGGAGGAAAGAGAAUGGCGAGUAAGAGCAAUGUGGGAUAGCAGGGACAGUCUUCCUCGAUCGGAAGUGCACGAUGACGACUGGAAUGCCCGAUAUGACAAUCCUGUGUCGGAUUGGAAAUCGAACGACAACCGAAAAUGGGAUAAUCAAUCCGUGCACAUUCGUGGUCACUAUAGAAAUGAUCGGUCGAAGGAAUUGGAAUUAGGAGAGUCUACAUCGCACAACAAAAGGAGAACUUACAACACUUCUGAAACUAGAGAGGAGUGUACGGUUCAUGCCUCCAAACAAGCCUCUUUGUACGGCAGUAUGAAAGAAGAACCUAUCAACAAAAAAUUAAUGGAACUCGCGGAAGGUAAACUGCCAAUAACUCGUGAGAAAUCUACGGACAGUUUUCAAAAGAAGGUGUUACCAAAAGAAAAAUCGGAAACAAAAGAAAUCGUCACGAUCGAACCAAAACGGUCUUGUAUAGAUGAAUCUUUGCAGACGCUUCAUACUGAGAGCGACCUCAGCGAUAUUAGUGAUGAUCCAGAUGAUAUAUUAAAUAUGGAAGAUAUUACAGAUGUCGAUACGAAUAAAACUCGGGCAAAUAAAAAAACUGCCGAUACUGUACAACGCGAUGCCCAGUCAGUAACUCAAGAGGCAGAUUUAUCAUCUCCAAAGGAAACUAUAGAAGAAACAGUUUUUAAUACGAAAGGAAAAGAUAACGCCGACACAAUAACAUUUAGAAACAUGGAAGAUGAAAAUAUGGAAACUAUGGACUUCGAAGAAAUUUCCGACGGCGAACUAGAAGAGGAUAUCAAAACAAGUGGUAAAGGUUUAGGCGAUGCUUUGGGGGUCGACUGGGAAAGUCUCGUAAAAGAAACGCAACCUCGAAGAUCUGCAUCGUGCAAUCAAAAUGCAGAAAACCGUUGGCAGUGCAAAGCAAUUCUCCAUAGAAUCGGUGUCUCUUCGAAAUAUGCAGGCGAAGAGUUAAUGAAGAAAUUUACUAAGAAAUAUGAAAAAGACGAUCACUCGGAGUUUUUCCUUCACGAUGUCGCAUUUAUGCACACAGCACUCGUACGAAAUCGCCUGUUACGUGACCUAAAUAAUGAUAUGUUACCAGGGGUGGAUGAUUUUUUGUAUAGGAAUAGCAAUGUAAAUACCGAAGAAGACGUGGAUUACGAUCUAGAAGUUCUGAAACCUUGUACAGCUUUAUACGAGGAGGCAAAAUGUUUAUUACAGCAAGCUGUAUGAAAAGAGUUUUUAUUUGUAGGAUGAUCCCCCAGAAUUGCACUUUGCUGCUAUAUUAUUAGUACAGCAUAGGGCAGAAGUGCAUCAAUUUGUUACUAUUUAGCUAAACUGGUUCAGCUAUUCAAUCAUUUGCUGCAACUAAUUUAGCCAUCGGUGGUGCAAUGUAGAAAAGAAUUAAAUUGAUACAUUUUUCUUAA